AUGUUACUUAUAGGGCUUACCGGAUCUAUUGCCACCGGUAAAUCAACCGUGUCGUCACUCCUCAGCUCACCACCUUACUCCCUCCCCAUUAUCGAUGCCGAUGUCCUGGCGCGCAAGGUAGUCGAGCCCGGUACUCGAGGCUAUGCCGCCAUUGUAAAACAUUUUGGCCCUUCCACGCCUGAUCUUCUGGUUGAGCCAUCAGAUACGAUGCCGGUGAACGGCACCAACGGCAAAGGCAGACCGCUAAACCGCCCAGCUCUGGGGCGGCGCGUAUUUGGCGAGACCGACUCUGUUAAGAAAGACCGAGCUGUGUUGAACGGGAUUGUGCACCCCGCGGUGCGAUGGGAAAUGGCAAAGAUGGUCCUGGGCUGCUACUUGCGAGGCUGUUGGGCCGUUGUUCUCGAUAUCCCACUGCUCUUUGAGAGCAAGCUUGAUCGCUUCUGUGGUGUGGCCAUGGUGGUGGCUGUCCGCGACCCAGAAGUACAGAUGACGAGGUUAAUGAAUCGAGACGCGCACUUGACACGCGAAGAUGCAGAGAACCGUGUGAAGAGCCAGACAGAUGUUAGAGUUAAGGCAUCUUGGGCGGAAGCCCGGGGCAAAGGCAAGGGUGUGGUCCUUUGGAACGAUACCUCGAAGGAAGAGCUCCAGGCACAGUUGGACAAUCAUAUCAAGGCUCUCAAGAAGGCCAGUCCACAGUGGUGGGCAUUAUCAUUGCUUGCAUUUCCACCACUGGCAGCUGCAGUAGCUGCGUUUAGGAUAUGGCAGAAUGUUAGGAAUCGUCCUGUAGACCAAGACAAGCGCAAGUAG